GGCUUUGGUUCGAUUCAGCCUUGCCGAUAGUCCGGAACAGGGAAGAAAUUUGGGCGACUUUCAAAACACGUUUACGCUGUUAUAGUGUAUCACACCGAUUCCGCCGUCUAAACUCAACCGUUUGAGUACUUCACUGUUACUGUUAAAAGCGUCCCUUGGACAGUGAGAAAACCGAGCAAGGCGCAAUACAGAGCAAGUGUUUGAUGUUACCGUCACCAGUGAUCGUACACCAGUCUACGGUGAACCAGCAACAAGAACGGACCUCUGACCACCUAGAACAUCCUAGGAGUGAUAUUAGACCAAACAACAAUCUUGAAAUGAGUGUAAUGAAGCCCAUGGAUCAUGUCAAAAGACCAAUGAAUGCUUUUAUGGUAUGGUCGCGGGAAGAACGCAGGAAAAUUGCCCAAGAAAAUCCAAAGAUGCACAACUCAGAGAUUAGCAAGCGACUAGGGACGGAAUGGAAACAGCUCACUGAAGAGGAUAAAAAACCAUUCAUGGAAGAGGCGAAAAAACUGCGAGCACAGCACAUGAAGGACUACCCGGAUUAUAAAUACAGACCACGACGAAAGCCUAAAUCAUUGCUGAAGAAGGCUGACCGUUAUCCAUUCCACUUGCCAUGUAUCCCAACACCAGAGGAAAUGGCCAAGUGUGGCACCCUACCAUCGACGACGUCCUUGCUGACUGAAAGUUACUCGACCGGCAAACCACGACCUUUUCUACCUGUUUCCUCGCCAUAUCCAUACGACAUAAAUAGUCUAACAUCGUCACCGGGCCAUGCGUCGCUCACGGGAUCAAGGCUAGAGCGAAGUUUGGAAAUUCCGAGUGCUAUUCGGCCGGACCUUCUAUCUAGUGGACACUUGUAUCCCCACAGUAUGCUGCAGCCAGGUAAUUUGCCGUUAUCACCAAGUUCUAGCGCUGUUCAUGGCAGUAGUCAGCUAGGUCCGCAUUCUCAUCUACACGCCGUCCAGGGCGCCAAUGGACAGUAUUCGUUACCAUGUAACUGCUCAUGGCAGCCCCAGGACGUACGACGACCCGUCGCAUACUUAUUAUUGUGAACAUUUCUUUCUAAAAUUGUUACAUUUACUACCGUAUUUAUGUACUUCAUUACUGACCGAUCCUUGAGGACGCCUUGUGUAAAUUAUUGUUGAGGAUGAACAUAUUUGUAUUGUCAAGCAUAUACCAUGCUUGUACUUCAACGAAGACUUUCAAUAGUCUACAAACACUUGGAUGGAAAAAAAAAAAAACUUUUAAAGACAACUGCAAGACAAAAGACUUGAGCUCUUGCUUAUAAAUAAAUCGUGUCAAGAAUUCACAGUUUCUACAAACUCUUUAGCGAAACUAUAUUCAAUGAAUUCAAACUUUGGCUUGGGAAAUCCAAAGCUAACAUUAUGACAAUGACACAUAGGCGAAUUCACUUGUAAUUUAAAUUUGACAAAACUAACUCAAUGUUGCUAUCAAUUUGACACAUAAAAAUUAGCAAUCAAUACUCUA